UGCAAUUUCUUUAAAUAUCAGUGAUCUUGUUCUUCCUUUGGCUACAACACAAAUUCCAAUACCUCAUUCCACAUAGACUACUCAUGGCAGACCAAACUACCUGUUUCCUCAUCUUCCGUUUUCUGACACUGCUUCUGUUACAACCUUACAUGUCUAGUUUAAGCACUGAUGCAAAAAUUCUCAACAUUACCACAGAUCAAUCAGCUCUUCUUGCCUUGAAAGCUCAUAUUUCUUAUGACCCUCACCAUAUUUUGACAACAAAUUGGUCCUCUAGUACUUCAGUUUGCAAUUGGGUCGGUGUCACCUGUGGUUCCAGACAUCAACGGGUUAUAGCCUUGAACCUUUCUAACAAUGGUCUUGUAGGAACCAUUCCUCCGCAUAUAGGAAACCUUUCAUUUCUUGUCAGCUUAAGCAUCAGGAACAAUAGUUUUCAUGGCUCAAUGCCAAACGAAUUGUCUCAUCUUUAUCACUUGAAACUCUUGCAUUUCAGAUACAAUGAAUUCAGUGGAGAAAUCCCGUCAUGGAUAGGAUUGCUAACCAAACUUCAACGUUUAAUUCUUGUAUCCAACAAUUUCGAAGGUACUAUCCCAUCAUCUCUAUUUAACAGUACAUCUUCAUUGCAAGAAAUUGGACUUGAAGAUAAUCAGCUUUGGGGCUCCAUACCAUCCUCUAUCUUCAAGAUGUCUACCUUGAAAGUAAUUUCUCUUGCAAAAAACAAGCUUUCAGGUCCUAUGCCUUCCAUUUUCCUCAACAUGUCUCCACUGCAAUAUAUUGAUCUCAGUAAUAAUACGUUAUCUGGUACAGUACCACCGGAAGUAGGGAACUUAACCAUGCUUACAGAUUUAUACCUUGACAAUAACAACUUCGAAGGUAGCCUCCCAUCAUCUUUGUUCAAGUGCAAACAGCUGCAAUAUUUAGACUUUGAGUCUAAUAAUAAUUUCAAAGGAAAACUAUCACCCGAAGUAGGGAACUUAACCAUGCUUACAUAUUUAAAUCUUGGCUACAACAACUUCGAAGGUAGCCUCCCAUCCUCUUUGUUCAAGUGCAAACAGCUGCAAUAUUUAGACUUGGAGUCUAAUAAUAAUUUCACAGGAAAACUGUCACCCGAAAUAGGGAACUUAACAAAGCUCACGUUUUUAAAUCUUGGCUUGAACCACUUCGAAGGUGCAAUACCAAGUGAAAUUGGUAAUUUGCAGAACCUGAAGAUUUUCAAUUUGGGAAUGAACAAUUUUGUUGGCACAAUUCCACUGGAGAUAUUCAAUAUCUCAACAUUACACGGGUUCUCCAUGGUAGGAAAUUACCUCUCAGGCACUCUUCCAUCAAAUAUGGGCCACUUCCUUCCAAAUCUCGAAUGGACUUUUCUUGGGAUGAAUGAACUUAGUGGAAUGAUUCCAGCCUCUAUUUCCAAUUUUUCACAGCUCGUUUCACUCGACUUGUCAGGUAACUCAUUCUCGGGCUUAAUUCCAAAAACUCUUGGUAAUUUAAGGCUCCUCCAGCAUCUCAACCUUGAAUUCAAUAAUGUGACCAUUGAAUCUUCAGAAUUGAGUAUUUUCUCGUAUUUUUCGAACAACGCAUACCUCAGUAUUUUGGAUUUGUCUAGGAAUCCACUAAAUGGAGUCCUUCCUAAUUCCAUUGGAAACCUCUCGACCUUUCUUGAGCGACUUGAUCUCACUGGUUGUAAUAUUAAGGGCAACAUUCCCAUGGAUAUUGGCAAUUUAAGUAGAUUGACAUAUAUGUCCCUGCGUGACAAUGAUUUGGCUGGACCUAUUCCAACUACAAUAGGAAGAUUAAGCAUGCUCGAACAAUUGUCCCUUUCUGGUAAUAGACUAAAAGGUCCAAUCCCGUCUGAUAUCUGUUACUUAGGGAGAUUGGGAGAGUUAUUUUUAGAUGGCAACAAGCUUUCCAGACAUAUUCCAGAAAGCAUAAAUAAUCUGACUUCAUUAAGAUCUCUCAACUUAGCCUUCAACCAAUUAACUUCAAGGAUUCCUUCGAGCUUGUGGACGCUGACAGAUAUCUUGAGGGUUGACUUGUCAUCCAAUUCCCUCAGUGGGUCUCUUUCAAUAGAUAUUGGAAAUAUGAAGGUCCUGACAGAGUUGAAUUUAUCAAGAAAUCAACUAUCAGGUCAUAUCCCAGAAACAAUUGGUGGGCUCAUAUCCCUAGUCAAUCUCUCUUUGGCAAUCAAUCAAUUAGAGGGCUCCAUUCCUAUAUCUUUUGGUGGAUUAGUAAGCUUGGUGGUAUUAGAUCUUGUUGGUAACAACUUAUCUGGAGAGAUACCCAAGUCCUUAGAAGGGCUACGGUACCUCAAAUAUCUAAAUGUCUCCUACAAUAAACUAAGAGGAGAAAUUCCAACACAAGGACCAUUUGUUAACUUCUCAGCUGAAUCAUUUAGGUCAAAUGAUGCGCUUUGUGGUGUGGUUAGACUGAAUGUUCCUACAUGCACGGAAGCUUCUCCUGGACCGAAAAAGGCAAUGGGGGUGCGUAUACUAAAAUAUGUACUGCCCGCAUUGGGGUUAACAAUACUUGUAGUCUCCGUUGUACUAGUCUCAAGAAAACUCCAUGGGAAGAAGAAUUCAAAACUUUCCAACAACAAAGACUCAAUGCCUUUAUCAACAUGGAGAAGAAUUUCCCACCAACAACUUUUACAAGCGACAGAAGUGUUCAGUGCAAACAACUUACUUGGAGAAGGGAGUUUUGGCUCAGUUUAUAAAGGGACACUCUUAGAUGGUACAUACGUUGCAAUAAAAGUUCUAAAUUUGGAGCUAGAAGGUGCAUUCAAAAGUUUUGACAUAGAAUGCGAGAUAUUACGACACAUUCGUCAUCGAAAUCUUGUCAAAAUCAUUAGCGUUUGUAGUAACAUUGACUUCAAAGCACUUGUUUUGGAAUACAUGCCUAAAGGGAACCUAGAAAUGUGGUUGUAUUCUAACACCCAUUGCUUGAAUAUGCUACAGAGGCUAAAUAUAAUGAUUGAUGUGGCAAUGGCAGUUGAAUACCUUCAUCUUGGUUAUUCAACACCUAUUGUUCAUUGUGAUCUGAAGCCAAGCAAUGUCUUAUUAGAUGAAGAUAUGGUUGGACAUGUUGCUGAUUUUGGCAUAGCCAAACUCCUAAGUGAUGGAACUUCUCUCACACAAACAAUGACCAUGGCUACAAUUGGGUAUAUGGCACCAGAGUAUGGAUCUGAAGGAAUUGUUUCUACAAGAGGUGAUGUGUAUAGUUAUGGAAUGUUAUUGAUGGAAACUUUCACAAGAAAGAAGCCCAUUGAUGAUAUGUUUUCCAGCGAAAUGAGCUUAAAGCGUUUAGUAGAGGAAUCAUUUUCGCUUUCGAUACUUGAAGUUAUUGAUUCCAAUUUGCUGAGCAAUGAGAACGACUAUGCUGCUAUGGGGACCUGCUUCUCAGCAACUAUGGGCUUGGCUUUGCAUUGUUGUGCAGAUUUGCCUGAACAGAGGAUCGAUAUAAAAAAUGUUUUAGCCAAACUUAACAAGAUCAAAUUAAAGUAUCUAUAUGAUCAGCAAUCGAGCUAGUCAAGUAGAGUUUAUUACCAAGCUUUGGUUUAAUCUAUAAUCGACAUGCUCCCAACAUUGCAGGAGAGAAACAAGGGGUUGAUGUCAGGAAUCUCGGCAAUCCUGGUUUUGGUAGCUUGGGCAAGUCUCCUUUCUAGAUUUCACACUCUCUUCGUGACUCUAGGGUGCCUUGAGGGAUGUGGAAUUGCCCCAUUUUAGAUUUGUGUAUAUUGUGACAAAGCAAGAGAUGAUCUCUCUUUGGGGUCGAAACUUCUAUUCUAAUAAUAAGUUUUUGAAUAUGAUGGAUAUUGAUUUGUAUAACAAUACAAAAAGGAAACUACAAGCAGUCAAGUUGUUUCACUU